AUGGAGCAUGGAAGCAGGCCGGGCAGCCCCAGCACCGUGUCCCUGGCUCCCAGUGAGGCUGUCCCGGGCCCUGCAUACCAGGUGGUCUCCGUCUUCCUGGUGCUGCUCCUCGUGUGUGUGGUGGGCAUCACAGGCAAUGCCACGGUGGUCGUGGCGGUGCUGACCACCCGGGACAUGCACAAGCCCACCAGCUGCUACAUGGUCAGCCUGGCCCUGGCAGACCUCACUGUGCUGGUGGCUGCAGGGCACCAUGUCUCCGAGAGCUUGGCUGGGCAGUGGGUGUAUGGCCGCGGCUGCCUGGGCAUCACCUAUUUGCAGUAUCUGGGCAUCAAUGCCUCCUCCUGCUCCAUCCUGGCACUCACAGUGGAGAGGUACAGCGCCAUCUGCAACCCGAUGCGGGCACAGACUAUGUGCACCAUGGCACUGGCCAAGCGAGUCGCGGUGGGCGUCUGGGGGACCACGUCCAUGUACUGCCUGCUCUGGUUCUUCCUGGUGGACCUGGAUGCUGGCGGGUGCCGGGGCCUGCCCAUCUACCUGCUGGACUUCACUGUCUUCUUCCUCACACUCCUACUGGCAGCCACAGUGCUCUAUGGACUUAUCGCAAGGAUCUUAUUCCAGAGCACCCUGGAGCACCUGCCACAGCUUGGGGACCAGCGCGGGGACAGUGAGGCCCAGCCGGAGGCAAGAGCCCUGGGGAGACGGCCCUGUGAGCCAGGCAGGGCUCCACCCACCCGGCCCUCCCGCCCGCGGGCCACCACGAUGCUGGUGGUGGUGGUGCUGCUCUUUGCCGUCCCGUGGAUGCCCUACCGAACGCUGGUGCUGCUCAGCUCCUUUGUGGCCCAGCCCUUCCUGGACCCGUGGGUGCCCCUCUUCUGUCGCAUCUGUGUGUGUGCCAACAGUGCCAUCCACCCCAUCAUUUAUAGCCUCAUGUCCCAGAAGUUCCAGGCGGCCUUCCAGCAGCUGUGCCAAUGCGGGGCAAAGGGACCACAAAGGCUCGCGGCCGGCCUCAGCACCGCAAGCUACAGUGUGAUCCGAGAGACCCUCCAGAAGGCGCAGACCAGCGGGAGCGAGGUCGCUGGCCCUCAGGCAGCUGGGGCCCCACUCCCACAGCAGGGGCCUGGAUUCAGCACGGUCUGCGGGCUGCCCUCCCCUGCCCAGCCCCUCCCUUGCUCCAUGUGGUGCCUCUCAGCCUGCGCGGUGGCCAUCAGUGACCACAGGGCUGCUUGGAGCCAGCGGCUCUUAGGGGGCGACCCAGGAACUCCUGAAGUCGCCAUCAUGCAGGUGACCUUUGCUCUGGUGGCCUUGGCCUGGGAUGUGCUCAUGGUCACCCUGUCCCCACAGUUCACACUGAGGCUGUUUUUGAUGAGGCCGUGA